AUGUAUAAAGCAGUAUUAGAUGAUCAUAGUGCUUGUGAGGUAUGGCGUAGUCGUGAUCGUUUAUAUUCUUCAUUAGUAGCUAUAUUUCCAGCUGCAUUAAUUGGUAAACCAGUUACGGUGACACUAUUAGAUGAAACACGUAUAACUGGACGUUUAUGUUCAUGUGAUGGAUUGAUGAAUUUACAAUUGGAUAGUGGUGUUAUAAUAAGAAAACCAGAUUCAGACGGGCUAAACGAGGUUAUUCUAGUUGAAACAAUAAUGAUAUUUGGUAAACGUAUACGUUAUGUGACCGUACCAAAAUUAAUUGAUAUUUCAUCAACACUUGCAGAAUGGGAGUCCAAAAGUCAAAAUGGUAGAAUAUUUUUAUCUAGACCAAUAAAAUCAUCAAAACCUUUAAAGGAGAGCCAGAUUAAAAAUAAUGAGAAUGAAUUGUGUCAGUCAAGAAUGACAAAUGAUCAUUUUGUAGAUAUUAAUUAUGUCGAUAACACCGAGAAUAUUCCGUGGCUGGAACAAUCUGAUCUAGAACAAUUAGCAUCUAUUGGUGUAAAGCCGACAGGUGAUAAAAAAGUUGAUUUAGUUAUGGUGCAAACCUUAAAAGUACUAAAUAACCCAUUGUAGUAACGGUAUAUUUGUUCGGUUAACUUGAAUGCAUUAAAUACAACUAUGUUUGUGUAAAUAUUUUGAUAGGAUACAUUUAAUAGUGCUCACUUUUAACGUACAUCUUUUUUUGUAUCAUUCUACAAACGAUUUUUUUGGAGUUAAUGAUUGAUAAAUUGAACUAACACACAUACUUACCAGGUUCUGAGUUGUUGAUUGAACGUUAUUAUUAUUCAUAUAAUUUCAUUUCAAGAUUAACAAUAGGGAAGAUAUAUAAACUGUUGAAUCGUCUCACUGUUUUUCACGACCCAUUUAUAACCCAAGACAAAAGUACUUAAUUUCUGUGUCUUUUAGUUUCAUCUUGUCAUAUGGUAGGUUUAGUGAUAAGGAAUCAAUAAAAUCAGUUACAUUUCAAAGUUUAUGGACUGAAAUUUAAUUCCCAGUGUCGUACUUUAACCUAACCGUGAAUUUUUAAAUAUUUAUGUAGAAAUGAAACACCCGUUUUUAUUAUUAUUAUUAUUAUUAUUAUUAUUAGUAUUAUUAUUAUCAUUAUCAUUAUCAUUAUUAUUAUUAUUAUUACUAUUAUUAUUAUUAUUAUCAUCAUCAUCAUCAUUAUUAUUAUUAUUAUUAUUAU